UCCCAGGGGGGAAGGAUGGCGGCCGUCUCCCGCCUGCUGGAGCGUCUCCUCUGGCCAGCUCCCAAGGAAGAGGAGGAGGCGGAGCGCGGGCACCCUGGCGGGCCUCAGUCUCUCCUGGACGCGCCGCGCUGCGCCCAGCGGCUACACCGGGGUGCGGCGGCCGCGUGGGGCCUGAGCUUCGGGGUGAGCUCUGUGCAGGGCUGGCGCGCGCGCAUGGAGGACGCGCACUGCGCUUGGCUAGCGUUGCCGGGGCUGCCUCCUGGCUGGGCCUUCUUCGCUGUCCUGGACGGCCACAGCGGGGCGCGAGCCGCCCGCUUUGGCGCGCGCCACCUGCCGGGCCACGUGCUGGAGGCGCUGGGCCCGGCGCCCCGGGAGCCAGAGGAUGUGCUCGGGGCCCUGCGCCGCGCCUUCCUGAGCGCCGACGCGCGCCUGCGCGCGCUCUGGCCUCGCGGCGAGCCCGGCGGCUCCACCGCCCUAGCGCUGCUCGUCUCCCCGCGCUUCCUGUACCUGGCGCACUGCGGUGACUCCCGCGCGGUGCUGAGCCGCGCCGGCGCCAUGGCCUUCAGCACGGAGGACCACCGGCCCAUGCGGCCCCGGGAGCGCGAGCGCAUCCACGACGCGGGAGGCACCAUCCGCCGCUGGCGCCUGGAAGGCUCUCUUGCCGUGUCGCGGGCGCUGGGCGACUUUGCCUACAAGGAGGUUCCAGGGAGGCCUCCCGAACUGCAGCUCGUGUCCGCGGAGCCGGAGGUGGCCGCCCUGGCCCGCCAGGUCGAGGACGAGUUCAUGCUUUUGGCCUCCGAUGGCGUGUGGGACGCUAUGUCUGGGAGCGCCCUGGCAAGACUGGUGGCCUCGCGCCUCCGUUUGGGUCUGGCCCCCGAGCUUCUCUGCGCGCAGCUGUUGGACACGUGUCUGUGCAAGGGCAGCCUGGACAACAUGACCUGCAUCCUGGUCUGCUUUCCGGGGGUGCCUGGGCCUUGUGAGGAGGCGAUCCGGAGGGAGCUAGAGCUGGACACAGCCCUGGGACAGAGGGUCGCCGAGCUGUGCACCUCUGCCCAGGAGACCCCCAGCCUGAACACGAUUUUCAGGACUCUGGCCUCGGAGGACAUCCCAGGAUUACCACCGGGAGGAGGGCUGGACUGCAAGGCCACCAUCAUCGCUGAAGCAUAUGGUCACCAUUGUCAGGUCUCAGAAGAGUGCUGGGAGAAAGGGCAGAGUAGGGCUGGGAAGCCCACCAGCACCCAUUCAAACUCUGCAUUGGGUUUGGAAGCCUGACAGCUGUCAUCCUUUGGGGAACCUCCACCCAGCUGGGGCCCCAACAGAACUAAGGAAGAAAACUGCUCCCUGCCCCAGCUACGUGGACCAGCGGAAGGAAGACAGGCUGAUGGAGGAACCCCAGAAUGUUUAUUUCCCUCUUUCUUAGUUCCCUCUCACCGAAAAGUCAGUUCAAUAACCUUCCCUUCCCUUCCCAUUUUUCACAAGGUUUUUGAGGGGGAAGUAGGAGAGUGUUUUUUCUUAUUAAAUUUUAAUUACAUAGAUAAUUCAAAAUACAUUUUUCUUGCAGAAAACAGACAAACAGCAUUUACCCAGUCAGCUGGCAAAUAUGUAUUGGACACACAGGCCUUGCUCACAGCCAUGAAGCAGGCAGAUCCACCGAGAUCCCUGCCCCUUGGGGACCCCUAAUAGGGGGAGACAACAAACAAGAGUACCAAUAAAUAAAGUCAUUGCAGAGACUGAUGAGUGUCAUGAGGAAAAUAAAACACAGUGGUGUGAUAAAAA